CAAUGUUAUUGUUAUUGAAGCCUACGCUGCCCACGUGUUGGUUUCAUUUGAAUAUAUUUUAAAGUUUGACAGACAGGUGUUAUAAAUUGUAAAAAUGUCGAAAUCAAGAAGGAGUUUAUCCACACCUUGGGUUUCAUGUUCCAAAUGUCAAUCAACGGUUUCACAGAAAGACGCGGGUUUCCAUGAAUCCGAAUGUCCUCCGUCUAAUGAUAACUGGGCUCAUAGUUAUAUACAAAAUUAUAUUCUAUACAGUACUAUCGGUACUUAUUGUUCAAAAGAGCUUCCAAAAAAUCUUACAGAACGAGAUUUACAUGAUCUGGUUUUUAUGUCUCACUCUGCAUUAGAAUUAUGUCAGAUUGCAAUUGGUGACCAAGUAAUUUUAACUUUCAAAAUUGAUGAAAUAGUUAAGACUGCCUGGCCCACUGAUGACAAAAGUUUAACUAGUGUAUGUUUGACACAAAAAGCAAUGACAAUAUCUCAAGUGAGUGGUCCAGUAAAAGUAAAAAGAUUACACCAACCGUUGCUCGCUAAAGAAAUAGCAGUCGAAUAUAUAAAGGAGCAAUCAAAACCUAAACUAACACCUGCAAUGAAAGUGAUGCUGAGAAAAUUUAAUGAAAGAAAAGUUUUUUGUGUUGGGAAUCGUAUCCACAUUCCAUAUUACGGUAAAAAUUUACUAUUUAAAAUAGUCAACAUAACUCAAGAUCGCGAUGAAAAGUCAGAAUUAAAUGACUUCAGCAGCGAUCUCGCUAAUAAAUUAGACAAUAUGAGUAUAGAAGAGUCUAAAUCAAAAUUUUUCUUAUCUUUAUUUGAUACAAAAUGGACACUAGUGAAUGACAGUGAUAAUAAUCUAACAGUAAAAGAAAAAAGUAAAAUAACAUCUGCUGACAUCGGGGGUUAUGACAAAUUUUUAGAUGAAUUGCGUAAAAUCUUUAAUGUCGUAUUGCGAAAGGCAGUUUUAAAAGGCGUUAGACGAAAUAAGGGAAUUUUACUGUGUGGUGCAGCCGGUGUCGGUAAAUCAACGAUAGCCAAUGCCAUAUUGUCCGAAUAUGACGUCAAUAUAUUCUUAUUAAACGCUAGUGAUAUAAACAGCAAAUAUUCAAAUGAGGGAAGCCGAAAAUUAGUGGAUUUAUUCACCGAAGCAAAAGCUAAACCUCCAAGUGUGAUAUUUCUUGAAGACAUUGAUACCUUGUGUCCUAAAAAAGGUUCGUCUGAAGCAGACAAAUUGCUGGAAACUUUGAUACAAGAAAUUGAUGAUUUGCAAGAGUCAGACCUGAGUACUUUGUUGCUGACGACUACUUCGAAACUUGAUUCUGUCGACAGUUCAUUGAGGCGCGCUGGUAGACUUGGCCGUGAAAUGAAAAUUCCUACACCUACUCCAUACAUGCGCUGUGAGAUAUUAAAAAAACUAUUGUCGAAAAUUCCCAACACUUUGACUGAUGAUGAGUUGAAUGAAAUAGGAUUUGUAACUCAUGGUUUUGUUGCUGCUGAUUUGCGUGAGCUCUGUUCCGAAGCUGAGAUCCCCGCUAUCGAGCGGCAUCAAGUUUCUGAUAUUGACUCAGAUGUAACUAUGAGCGCUAGUGAUUUACAUGUCGCGUUGACGUCAGUCAAACCAUCGGCGAUGAAAGAAAUUUUUAUUGAAGUGCCGAAUGUCAAAUGGUCUGACAUCGGUGGUCAAGAAUCAUUGAAACAGAGCUUACGAGAAGCUGUUGAGUGGCCUCUGAAGCAUCCGGAAGCAUUUUCACAAUUAGGAAUCAAGCCUCCGAAAGGUCUUUUGAUGUAUGGUCCACCGGGUUGUUCGAAGACGAUGAUCGCUAAAGCUUUGGCGACUGAGAGCAAACUCAAUUUUAUCAACGUCAAGGGUCCAGAAUUAUUUUCAAAGUGGGUCGGCGAAUCCGAGAAAGCAGUACGGGAAGUAUUUCGUAGAGCAAGAGAAGUUGCGCCAUCAAUUGUGUUUAUUGAUGAAAUCGAUGCUAUCGGUGGUGAAAGAUCCAGUGACAACGCCAGCAGCAAUGUACAGGAACGUGUCUUAACAACAUUAUUAACGGAACUUGAUGGUGUUACUGAAUUAGAAAAUGUUACACUUCUCGCUGCUACUAACAGACUUGAUCGUAUAGAUAAGGCACUCUUAAGACCAGGAAGAUUUGAUGAAAUUAUAAAAGUGCCAUUGCCAGAUAGUCAAACUCGUGAAGAAAUAUUUAAAAUCAAAUUUAGAAAAAUGCCUAUAGAUGAAAGUGUCCUGAUUAACUAUCUCGUAGAAAAAACUGAGGGUUAUUCUGGUGCAGAAAUUCAAGCAGUAUGUAAUCAAGCUGCAAGGAGUGCGUUACGAGAAAAUUUAGAUGCUAAAACAAUAACAAAAGACCAUUUUGAACAAGGAUUAAAAGUAGUUAAACCACGUACUACUGCAAAACUUCUUAAGCUGUACGAUGAUUUUGAUAACUAAAAUUUUGAAAAUCCAAACGUUCAUGCCUCGAACGCUCAUGGUGCAAUAAAAUAAAUUAUUAAUUUUCUAACUUCAUCAGUCAUUUAUGACUUUAUCACAGAUUUCCAGUAAAGAUACCGCAAUAUUUCCCGCGAAUGCCAUAUAUGUAGUACUCCUAUAUGGUCAGUUGGUAUAGGAAGCGUGACACAACAUUACGGUACAGACAAUAUUUGUUCUCUCUCUUUCGUAAUACUUCGACCGCUCUGCGCAUGCUUGAAGAUUUUCUAAAAUAACGGUAGUGAAGACAUAAACACAGAACAAUUUUUUCGGUUAUAAAUUUCCUCAACGUUUUAUUUACUAUUAAAAUUAAAAAGAAAAUUAAAUUUUUCGAAUUUUAUACGUGAAAUAAUUAAGUGACAUUUGUGUUAUUAAGAAUAUAUAUAUUAAAAAAUGGUCCACUCGUGUUAUUUAUGUGACAGAAAAGCGUCUAAAGCUGAUAAUAUUCCAUUGCAUAAAUUUCCAAAAAAUGCGGAGUUACGCACUAAGUGGUCAAAUGCUUGUGGACUAACGGAAAACGAUGAUCUAAACAGAGUUUAUAUAUGUUCUAGACAUUUUAGAACUGAUGAUAUUUGUGAAUCAAAUGUUUCAUAAUCAAUAAAAAAUUAAGGAGCUGUGUUAUCUUUGUGUUAAUUUAGAAAUAAAAGUUGCAUUUAUCAUUAUU